AUGGGUCAACGUUUAGUAGUCGAUACACAUGCUUUGCCUUCCAGGCCACCACAUUCGACUACGAACCAUCGUUACGAGCUUUUUACCGUCGACGUCGUCGCCGCCGACGACGAUUUGACGCCGACGCUGACGACGACAGCAAAAUACCAGCGAGCGCACCCCGUUAUUCACAAAAAAAACGUACUAACUGUCGUUUUCACUCCUCCUCGUCGUCCACACGUCGUCGUCGACGUCGACGACGUGGACGCGUUCGCAGACCUUUUCUAA